AUGGGUCUCACAGUAACUGCUAAACAGACGUAUUAUCCCAUCGAGCUUUCCAAUGCCGAAUUGUUAGCUCAUUACGAGGCAGUCCAAGAAUAUCACAGAGACAUUUCUCGCCAUGCAGUGUUACAAUCCGCUCGUUUCAAACCAGACCCUGCCUUGAUAGCCCAACAACCAGAAAUGCCUCCUGCAUUGACACGUCAACCAGUCGUCACUUUUCUCUACGAACUUUCCGUGUUGUCUCGAGUCACCGACGGUAUCUUUUACCACGCAGUGCGUCUCUAUGACCGGUACUGUUCCAAACGUGUCGUACUCAAAGACCAAUCCAAACUAGUAGUAGCCACUUGUCUCUGGCUGGCGGCAAAGACUUGGGGUGGUUGCAAUCAUGUCAUCAACAACGUCUCUGUGCCCACCGGUGGCCGUUUCUACGGCCCAAACCCUCGCUCCAGAAUCCCCAGACUAUCCGAAUUGGUCCAUUAUUGUGGCGGGCCCAACGUCUUUGACGAAUCCAUGUUUAUGCAAAUGGAAAGACAUAUCCUAGAUACCCUUGCCUGGGAUAUUUACGAACCCAUGAUUAACGAUUACGUCUUGAACGUCGAUGAAAAUUGUUUGAUCCAAUACGAAUUGUAUAAACGACAGUUGGAACACAACAAGAAAUGUCUUUCAAAGAGACAAUCCCAAUCGUCAGUCGAUUCAGAUGCCACCGUCAAUGACAUCCCAGAACACGACGACGACGACGACGACGAUGUCGACGACGACGAUCUACAGGACGACCAAGAUCUUCAUAUGAAAAUCCAAUUGAUCCAUUUGAAAAAAUUCCUCAUCGAGCUUUCCGCUUGGAAUUACCGUCUUUUGGACUACGAAAUGUUCGAAGUCGCAAGCGGCAUCUGCUCUUUGAUCAACCGUUUCACAUCCCACGACCAAGGCCCCUUUCUCAUCGCCCCUACAAUCUCACCUGCACGCUCAACUCAACUAAUCAACCUGCUCAUCUCUUCCCUAUUACAUCUACCGGAAUCUCUCCUUGCAGUCCAUCGCGAUUGUCCCGAUAUCACUUGUUUCGUAGCCAAAGUCAAAUCAUACAACGAACAAUUACAACGACAAAUACGUCUUGCAUCUUCAUUAGACCUUUCACGUAAACUUUCUGCUACUGCCUCGGCUAAUGCAUCCAACACUGCUUCUGCUGCUGCUGCUGCUGCUGCUGCUGCUGCCGCUGCCUCAUCAGCUCCACCUUCCUCCCCUGCAUACCCAACUCCAAGUUACACUCCAAUCAGAAACACUAGUACCGCAUCAGAUAACAGCAUCUUCAGCAACAUGGUAGAUCAAUCAUCCCCCAUCACCCCUCAAUUAUAUACAUUCGGACAAUUCAAAAACGAUAGCGAUUGCUCAAGCACUUUAAGUUUAACCAGUAUCUCUCAAGAAGAUAAAGAAAACCAACCUCCAUCCAAUGCAAUCCUGCACACGAAAAACAUCCCACCAAGAGCUAAUUUUAUCAAUAAUUCAAAUAAUAACAACAUUUUUUCUUCUCCUUUGGCAUUAUCGAAUAGUAAUCAUUCAAGUAACAAUUCCUCGCUUGUCUCACUCGGUAAUCAAAUCUUAUAA